UGCAGUGGGAACAAGCAGAGGGUGGUCAGUGUUUAGGUUUUAGUUUCCAUGUUAGGCUGAUUACUAGGGUAAAAUCUGCUUUGGGACACAGCCUACGGCACCCUCCUGCUCAGGCGAGAAGAUUUCUAACCAUGGCGCUGCCGUCCUCGCACAAAGUUCUAACAGCCUCUUGCAACUAUCAAUAGAGUGCAUUAACUAUCAGCAAAUGUUCUAAAGGAAAAAAGAACGAUUGAUUUCGGCCAUGAAGAGCUCAGUUUUGUGGGUUAUAGUGGAAUGUGCCUGCAGAAUUUUUGGCAUCUCGACUGCUGCAGUGCUUUGUGCAGUGGGUAUAGAGACUCAGAGACAUGGGGAGUUCAACAGCUUGGCGGUCUAUCUCCUGCUCUCCUCAGUGGUGGUCAUGCUUUUUGAAGUUGCCUAUUUCAUUGAUGCUCUCUUGUCAAUGUGCCUUCCUUGUCCCCCCACAUGGAAGAUUUUCAUUCUUUGGAAGAAGUUGGCCAAAGUCGGGGGUUUUCAGAAGUUUCUAUACUACACAAUGAUGUCUUUAAUGUGUUUCCUGCAUCCAGUGCUUGUAUGGCACGCUGUAAUACCAGGAAUUAUGCUGGUAGUGACUGGAUUCUUUAACUUCAUACUGAGCAAAAAGAAAAAGUCAGAUCCGCCUAAAGAGUCCAGGGUAUCGUAUGGAGACCCGGCUCUGUCUUCUGUCUGUGUCACAGACAGGGAGGACGCUGAGCACACAUUCUCUGUCUUGCACGUCAUUUCAGGCAAAAGAGCAUCUUUUUUUCCUAGCAAUAGCCGACUGCAUGGCCCCACAGACAGGGCUCAGACAGUGAAAAAUGACCAACGCAAGAACAGUCAAACAGACACAAGAAACAUGCACUUCAUUGAAAGUCUCAGACAUAAUGAUACUGAAAUGGAAGAAUACCAUGAAGUGGAAGCGGAGGAGACCACAUCAGAUAAAGCACCCAUGAUUAGAUUGUAAAUGUGAUACAUUCCGAUGUUAUAAAUCAUUUUAGGCAUGAGGUGCUAGGUGAGAGGUUGCCUAUCCUCAAAAUCUGACCAAUUAUUCAAAAGAAAUUAUCUUUUUUGUUCACUUAUUUGUGAUGGCAAAGCUAAACUUUCAGCAGUCUUUACUCCAGUCUUCAGUGUCACAUGAUCCUUCAGAAAUCAUAAUAUGGUGAUUUGGUGCUCAAGCAACAUUACUUAUCAGUGUUAAAACACUGAUAACGUUCUGUGUAAUAUUUGUGUGAAAACUGAUGGAUGCAGUUUAAAAGAGUGUUUAUUAGAUUUUUUUUGUAACAAUAUAGGCUUUAAUGUCACUUUUGGUCAAUUUAAUGCAUCCUUGCUGAACAAUGAAAUUGUAUAUAUAUUUAAAAUGACUUUUUACACAAUUAAUUUUUUUGGGCAAUGGCAGCAGAUCAAAAGCAAAUACACUGUAGAAAUAUUGAGUAAUCAAAAAGAUUGCAUGUGCAUGCUGACAGUUUUUAACAUCUUUCCUUUAUAAGAUUGAGCUCCUGAAACAACCUUUAACCACUGUCAACCAUGGAGUUGCUUUUUAUUCCACUCUGUAACCUUAGGCCUGGAUCUCCUGCAUUCAGUCUCCAUACGUCAAUACAAUUAAGAGAGUCCAUUCAUCAUACUGACCCAGACGAGAGGGUUUUCAGCCUAAAGACUGGACAGCAACC